GUCAUUUUUUGCCCUUUUUUGUCUUUUUUUGUCCUUUUUUUGAACAAUUUUUUCCCCAUUUUUCCUUUUUCCCUUUUUCUCCUUUUUUUGCCCCAUUUUGCCCCUCCCCCCCAACCCCCCGGGGGGUCCCAGUGCCUUAAAGGGGGGGAUGGGACCCCCGGGGUGUCCCACCAGUACGGACCAGUUUGGACCAGUUUGGACCAGUUUGGACCAGUCUGGACCAGUCUGGACCAGUUUGGACCAGUUUGGCCCAAUUUCCCUGGACCAGUUUGGACCAGUUUGGCCCAGUAUCCCCCAGUUUCCUGCACCAGUCUGGACCAGUUUGGACCAGUUUGAUCCAAUUUCCCUGGACCAGUUUGGACCAGUAAUUCCCAGUUUCCUGGACCAGUUUGUCCCAGUUUGGACCAGUUUGGCCCAAUUUCCAUGGACCAAUUUGGACCAGUUUGGCCCAAUUUCCAUGGACCAGUCUGGCCCAGUAACUCCAGCUUUCCUGCACCAGUUUGGCCCAGUUUGGCCCAAUUUCCAUGGACCAGUUUGGACCAGUUUGGACCAGUUUGGCCCAAUCUCUCCCAGUUUCCUGGACCAGUUUGGACCAGUAACUCCCAAUUUCCUGCACCAGUUUGUCCCAGUUUGGACCAGUUUGGCCCAGUUUCCCCCAGUUUCCUGCACCAGUCUGGACCAGUUUGGCCCAGUAAUUCCCAGUUUCCUGGACCAGUUUGGACCAGUUUGGCCCAAUUUCCCUGGACCAGUUUGCCCCAGUUUGGACCAGUAUCCCCCAAUUUCCUGGACCAAUUUGGACCAGUUUGUCCCAGUUUGGACCAGUUGGGCCCAAUUUCCAUGGACCAGUUUGGACCAGUAACUCCCCGUUUCCUGUACCAGUCUGGACCAGUUUGGCCCAAUUUCCCUGGACCAGUCUGGACCAGUUUGGACCAGUUUGGCCCAAUUUCUCUGUCCCAGUUCAUCCCAGUCUGUCCCAGUUUGUCCCAGUUUGUCCCGGGCCGGUGGGGGGGGCUGGGAUCAUCGGGAGCCCCCCCAGGCCCCGCCCCCUUUCCCAAGCCCCGCCCCUUUCUGUCCCACCCUCCUAAGCCCCGCCCACCGCUCAGGCCACGCCCCUUCUGUGCCCAAACCACGCCCCUUUCUGUAAGCCCCGCCCACUGCGCCGCAAGCCCCGCCCCCCGCGCUGGCCCCGCCCCCCGCAUGCAAAUUUUUAUGGAAAUUUCGCUCUUUCCAAUAAAAACCACGCGUGAAAACGGCGGAA